CUUUCCUGCUAUAAGCUUCUCUGUUUCUGUGCUUCUUCUCAUUGCAUCGCCUUUAAACACCCGGUGAAACAUGAGUACAUGUGAAGCCUGCGGGAAAAUGGAGAGACCCGGUGUGACGCUGCACAGAUUCCCACAGGAAGAGGAACAGCUCCAGCACUGGAUUUCCAGCAUGCAGACAGCUGCAGGAUGGAGACCUUCAGAGUCUGCGCUUUUAUGUUCAGACCAUUUCACCCCUGAUUGCUUCCAGACAUCAGGACAGUUAGACUCCUAUGCUGUCCCCUCUGUGUUUCAGUCCACGGAAGAAACGUCAGCUACAAGCCUAGAAACUUCAGAACACAAAAUAUGUGGUGGUUGUGAAAAACAACUCCACCUGAUUGAAAAGUCGUACAAAUUAAAAUUGCUUUCAGCCCAACUGAAGGUGAAGAAAUAUGAAAAGGAGCUGAGUGAGCGGUCCCACAGGGUGACAAAGCUACAGAGAAAAGUGAUCGUUUUACAGACUGCAUUGAAGGUGAUGAGCAUGAGGAAGCUUGUAUCCUCACCCAAAAGACAAGAAUCAUCAUCACAUACCACCAGCUUGAUGAAAUGA